UUCUUUGACUUUCUAUUUUCUUCUUAAUUUUCUUCUGAUUAAAGAGCAAUCUCUUAGAAAUAAUGGCUGCAAAGGAAGAGGGACCUGCGAUCGGAAUUGAUCUAGGGACUACAUACUCUUGCGUGGCAGUAUGGAAGAAUGACAGAGUUGAGAUCAUAACCAAUGAUCAAGGCAACAGGACGACGCCGUCUUGUGUGGCGUUUACUGAUAAGGAACGUUUUAUCGGUGAGCCUGCAAAGAACCAGGUUGACAUGAAUCCCUGUAACACCGUUUACGAUGCAAAAAGGUUGAUUGGAAGAAGAUUCGAAGAUGAGUCAGUCCAGAGAGAUAUGCAGUUAUGGCCUUUCAAGGUCGUUGCUGCUGAUGAUGGAAAGCCAAUGAUUCUGAUUAACAACAAAGGUGAAGAGAAGAAGUUGGCCCCUGAGUUUGUCUCUUCUAUGGUACUUUCCAAGAUGCGGCAAGUUGCCGAAGAUUAUCAUGGUACAACGGUGAAGAAUGCAGUUAUCACUGUUCCUGCUUAUUUCAAUGACUCCCAACGUCAAGCCACCAAGGUUGCUGGUGAAAUAGCUGGACUAAAUGUUAUGAAAAUCAUCAAUGAACCCACUGCUGCAGCCAUUGCUUAUGGUCUCGACAAUAAGUACUCCUGUUAUGGGGAAAGAAAUAUAUUGAUUUUUGAUCUUGGUGGUGGUACUUUUGAUGUGUCUUUGCUUACCAUUGAUAAUGAUAUCUUUAAAGUGAAGGCAACUGCUGGAGACACCCAUCUUGGUGGUGGAGAUUUUGAUAACAACGUGGUAAAUCACUUUGUAAAGGAGUUCAAGCGAAAGUACAAACAAGAUAUUAGUGGAAAUCCUCGAGCUCUUCAAAGAUUGAGAACUGCUUGUGAGAGGGCGAAGAGGACUCUUUCAUUCACAACUGAGACUAUUAUUCAGAUUGAUUGUUUCUUUAAUGGUAUUGAUUUCUAUUCAAAUAUUAGUCGCGCCAAAUUUGAGGAGCUCAAUAUGGAUCUCUUCAGGAAGUGUCUGGAGCCAGUUGAGAAAUGUUUGAAUGAUGCUGAGAUGAAUAAAAUGAGUGUCCAUGAUGUAGUCCUUGUUGGUGGUUCUACAAGGAUUCCGAAAGUGCAGCAGCUAUUGCAAGAUUUUUUCAACGGAAAGACACUUUGCAAGGACAUUAACGCAGAUGAGGCAGUUGCCUACGGUGCUGCUAUUCAGGCUCUUUUAUUAAGCGGUCAGUGUAAUGAGAAGGUGAAGGAUCUUACUCUCUUGGACGUUAUCCCUCUAUCCCUUGGCAUAGAAGUCGAGGGUGGCUAUAUGUCUGUUAUGAUCCCUAGAAACACCGCAAUUCCCACUAAGAUAGAAAAGAUAUACUUCAACUCCUGUGACAACCAAACUACCAUGGAGAUUGACGUUUAUGAGGGUGAGAGACCAAGAACUAGAGAUAACAACCUGUUGGGCAGUUUCAAUUUAUAUGGCAUACCUCCAGCUCCCAAAGGGGAUUCUAAGGUGAAUGUCUGCUUUGAUAUUGAUGCUAAUGGAAUCUUGAAUGUCUCAGCUGAGGAUAAAAUCACUGGCCAGAUUGAAAAUAUCACUAUCACCAAUGAGAAUGGGAGGCUGUCCAAGGCUGAGAUUGUGCGGAUGAUUAACGAGGCUGAGAAGUACAAGGCUGAAGAUGAGGAGUACAAGAAGAAGGCCGACGCCAGGCGUGCCUUGGAGAAUUUUGCCUACAAAAUUCGUAACAGAGUCAAAUAUGAAAAGAAUUUCAGUUCGCAAUUUGACUCAACUGACAUGAAGAAGCUAAAGAAAGCCGUUGGACUUGCCAUCAAUUGGCUCGAUGACACCGAGGAGCUUCUUGAGGCAUAUAUUUACCAGCACAAGAUGGAGGAGCUUGAGAGAAUCUACAAUCCCAUUAUCAGAAAUAUGUGAAAGCGUGGGAGAUUAAGUGAAGCAAUGUUCUACAGAUAGGUUGAUCGUACUUUUAGUCGAAUCGUUAUUAUUCUAAUUU